GGCCAGCAAAGGCGUAGGAUAUAUUAUUAUUUAUAUUCUUACGAAUUGACGUGCGACUCAUCAACUCGAGUGUCAUACAAUGUUCACGUUCACAGUAAUGUCGCUAUUAAGACCGUGAACGCACCAUGCAAAUACAGAAAAUACAGUUACUUGGUACAUUCCUUAUUCUCGUCCUUCUCGCUAUUCGAAAAUCGAGCGGAGGACACACGCUCACGUUUAAAUCUGUAAAUUCGUACGUCGACGCGAGUAUCGGUUCCGAUGUGUUCUUCGAAAUUAUAUACCCGCCGGAGUUAGAAUACACGUAUAAAUUGAGACCAGCAAAAGAUUUUGGAGCACCUUUUAAUGCAAGCUUCUUGGAAGAAGGUAUCCCUUUGGUUCCAACCGAUCCUCCUCAUGGAUGUCAGAUAGCAAAGAAUGCCAACGAAUUGGAAGGCAGAAUCGCAUUAAUCGAAAGAGGUGACUGCAGUUUCUUUGUAAAAAGUAUGAUAGCGGAAGAAGUUGGAUCAAAGGCUGUAAUCAUAGCCGAUUAUCAUUCGUCUUCUAUAGAAGAAUCGAUAACCAGUUCAGCUGACUAUUAUUAUGUAGAAAUGAUAAGAGAUGAUACUAUACCGGCGUCGAAGACAGUAAAUAUUCCUGUCGGGUUUCUGCUCGGUAAGAAUGGUAAAAUGAUCCGGCAAACUCUAGAACGUUUAAAUCAACCGUUUGCUUUAAUCAAUAUCCCAGUGAAUUUGACUUACACCUCUUUAGACAAGUUGCCUCAACCACCUUGGUUGUUCUGGUGAUCAGUCACAGGAUUGUUUACUGAUUUUUGCGUGAUAAAUAUGUCUAGUUAUGAAGCUUUAGUGGUACAAGGAACAUGGGAGUAGAUGCAAUCGAAAUAAAAUAAUAAUUAUGUAACAAUUUAUUCGUUAUUGCAAAAAGGAGAUAUGCAGGCUUCGGAGAUCCCGAUUUUAUGUAAAUUACUUUGAAAUAGGUCGAGUUUCUCUCUCCAACCAUUCGAGUGCUUGCGCAUUUUCUGGUCCUUGUAAGAAAAGUCUCAAAGUAUUUAGACACUUCGCGUGAUAGUUAUUCAAAUAUUGAACCUGCAAAUGAAUUGUAAAUGUUAGGGUGACUAAAAAGUGAGACAAAUCGAAUAUAUACCUCACUAUCUGUUAAUAAGGAGAGAUCCAAUAGUUUAGUUUGUAUAGGCACCAAUGUGACAGUUUCGAAAGUAAGGAAACCACGGUUUUUGUGAUUGUAAGGUGUAUCCGCUUUCACCACCAAUUCUAUGUUUUCCAAUCUAAUACCAAACUUCUCGUCCUCGUAAUAACCUGGCUCUAAUAGUUUUAUCGACGUUAACUCUACAUCUUCGUAUCGUCCAGCAAUAAAGAAGUCGGUUUACAUUUUACCAUUUGAAAGAAACAUGCCAGGUUGUAGGCCUGGAUCAUCAGGAUAAGGUUUCCAAGAAAUACCAAUAGGCCCUUCGUGAACGUUCAAGUAGGAACCCACUCCGUGCCCCGUACCAUGAAGAUAAUUAAGACUGUAAGCAUUUAAAUGUGAAUAAACAAUAUUUUCCAUUUUA